UUACCACCGCAGAGUGCCCUCGACACACUCACACAUUCACUUGAGGUCCUGCAGCGGAUCCCCCAACACGUCAUUCGCCCUUCACCCCAAAACCAUAUUUCCAUUAUUAUAUCUAUUAUAUAGUACCCAUUGCCUUUUUAAUGGUUCCCCAAGUGCAUUUGCCAUUAAAAUUCAAUGCAUUAUCUAGAUGCACGGCUAUUCAUGAAAAGUCUUGCCAAAGUGUUGUCACUUUUUAUUGCUGGACUUUGCCGGUCCCUCGCUAAUUUGUUUAAACCCUGUUAAACCAUUCAAUCCGAACUACAAAUUCAAUUAGAUAAAAACUGCUAAAUGCAACGACGCCUCUUUCAUAAAAGUUGAAAGCCGGAGUAUAAUUGAAAUUUAAUAUCUCGCCGACACAAGUCGAAAACGCAAUCCAAAUGCAAAUAUUUUAAAUGAGAAAUAUUUUUUUUGUAACUUAACUCAUUUAUCUCCCUUCCUGUUUAUGAAUUAUUGUUUUGGUCUUUAUCUCGUUUUGAAAUAGGGGCCAAGCUGGAACUAUUCACAUUCCCGCAUAUCUCAGACGCACUUAGAACAUGUUAUAUACAAAACCAAUUCAUUAUCAUGUUAGGCAUAUUAUUUUGUGGACUCUGUUAUAUUUCAUUAUGAGGCCAUGUGUAUAUGAUUAUAGUAAAAAUUGUUAAAAAAAUAAAAAUUUUAUUUUUCCUUGCCGAGAUAUCUUAACCUUUUUUCCAUAUAACUAGCAUACCCCUGCUCCUCCAGUAGUGGGUACAAAAAUCAUCAUGUAUAUAAUUAUAUUUAGAUAGAAACGUGUCAUGGAUUAACACAACCAAAUAUCUAAUCAAUGUUUGUUACAUGAAACGGCAAAAAGUGUAAACUAAUGACCGUCGAAUAGAGUCGUGAUCGAUGAAAUAAUGCCGGCGAAGCGCGGAUCCAUCAUGAGGCAUCAGCAGCUCUACUUCCCCAUUCAGAUUCCCAGGCCCCCAUCCCCCCCCUCCUUAUACCAUACCAUUACCAUACCUAUUUCUGUGCUUGGGUUCCGUCUCAUUCGCGAUUCUACCGUCACAGUGCUCGGACCGCUGGCGAAAAAAGCUUAGCAGAACGAUGUAGUUUUAGCAGACGCUGCAUUUCCAUUAAUUAAAUUCGCAGACCGCCCCUGGCGACCCCUUCAUUGGACCCAGCCAAGGUUGGCCAAAUAAAAUGUUAUUUAUAUUCCCUUUGGCUGGGAAACACUAUUGGCAGUGACACAAACAUCGGACCAAUAAUGCAAGAACAGUGCUCUUUAAAUAUGUUUGAUGGCUUUAAAUAGGAAAACAAAGUGCUAGUGCAAUGAACAAACUAUUGUUGACCCGGAAAACCACGUGCAAAUAAAUUGCUAAAAAGAAAAUAAACUCUGAUGAAAGUGUACAAAACAAAAAGGCUAAACAGUAUUUCUUAAUACGUAAACAAAUAAAAUCAGAGAAAACCAAAUAUUUUAUUUUAUUAUGUAAAUCUACAAACCUUCAGUUCUCACGCGAGUACUUAAAAUCUAAAAAUAAAAGCAUUUAAAACGAAAAUCUAAUGAACCCAAACUAUUUAUAAAAUAUAUUAAAGUGCAAAACAAAAGCUGUGUCAAAACAUCCGGAGAAUACUAUGCAAAUAAUAAAUUAGUAAAUUAUCUCUGAAAUGCAGAGUUCCGGAAUUGGCCAAUUAUAAUCUCAUCAGGGUUAUCAUAUUCGGUUUCGUAAGCUUUGCAAGCAAAACACUUAGUUUAUUCGUUGUUUACAAAGAAAAAAUUCGACACUACAAACUGACCAUUGUAAUAAGUAGAAAAUUACGUUUCGAGCCACAAAAAAAACUUUGAAUUUGUCAGCAAUUUAUUGCUUGUCUUUAAUUUCAGUUGCGGAAUAAACAAUAAAAAGGCAAUAAAUAAAAAAAUCACUGCAAUAAACAUUCCAUAGUUCUUCCAUUAAAAUCAAUUGGAUUGAUUCGGAUUAACUAAGUAUUUAUUUAAUUGGUGAACAUGAAUAGCCGAGAGCUUAAAUGACAUGGCAGAGAAACGCCUACUGCUGGAGCGAUCCGACACCUCAGAGGCGGAGGAGCUGGAAGUACAAAUGACCCGAAGGGGGGGCGUUCUCCAUGCCAUCCAGCACCGUUCAUUUCCGGUGAGCAGGAAGUCGGUGCUCGGACUGCUGGUGUCCUUCGUGUUUUGCUACUUCCUGAUCGGAAGACCGGAGUGGGCCAAUGUCCUCGAUCUGGACGUCCUGCACUCGGAUAACUAUGUGACGGUCCAGCAUCAAUCCACUUUGAUGGAUGGCUUUUUGGUGUAUAGCAACUCCUGCCGGAUCAUGGAGGUUGAUCCCUACAAGAACGAGGUGAUGCGCCACUUCAAGCGAGUCAAGUACAAGGCCUGUCAGAAGCUGCCGCCCCUGACGCAGGUCAAAUUCCAGGAGAAGACCCAGAAAUACCUCCUCAGCAUCGAUGGAGCCGCCUUUAGUCGCUACCGAGUGGGCAGCCAGCUCCACUGUUGCUACAUGGAGGUGCAGCGGGUCGAUGAGAUGAAGGUCAAGUACACCAAGUGUCAGUCCUUUAAGGGCAGCACCGAACUGCCCAAUUCUGCGGAGGGCAUCAUUGUCAAGUGCGAUUCCGGUGGACACCAAAUCUAUAUUAAUGGCCAUGCCACCAUUCCCGUCAAGGAGGCAGUGCAGCAGAGACUGCAAAAGGCUUCGGAGGAUGAUUUGAAAAGACAGGAAAUAGAUAAGUCCAAUUCGAGACCCCCAAGUGUCCUAAUGCUCGGCAUCGAUAGCAUCUCCCGUGUAAAUCUUAUCAGGGCCAUGCCCAAAACGGCCCAGUAUCUCUACGACAACGAUUGGUUCGAACUGGCGGGGUAUAAUAAGGUGGACGACAACACAUUCCCGAACAUCAUGGCUGUGGCCACCGGCUACAAUCUGCCCAAUGCCAUGCACGCGUGCUCCCCCUUCGAGGUUGGUGGCCUGGACAAGUGCAACUUCAUCUGGAAGCUGUACCAGCAGAGGGGCUAUGUGACCGCCUACGCAGAGGAUGCUGUGAAGAUCAACACGUUCAACUACCUGAAGAAGGGCUUCAAGAAUCCGCCGGCGGAUUAUUACUUGAGGCCAUAUCUCUCGGCCGCCGAAUCGCAACUGGAUCACACUAUAGCAAAUGGUCUGGUCCAUUGCCUGGGUUACGAAACGGCGGCAGAGCACGUUUACGACUAUGGAUUGGAGUUCACCAGGAGAUUCCUCAACGAGACGUACUUUGGUUUCUUCUGGACAAACACGCACAGUCACAGUGAUAUUUCGCAGACGAGCAGCAUGGACGACUAUAUGGCGGAGUAUCUGCGGAAAUUGGUGCGGCAGGGCACCAUGGACAACACUGUUGUGGUGUUCUUCAGCGAUCAUGGCAUGCGGUUUGGACCCACGAGGGCCACCUGGUCGGGUCACUUGGAGGAGCGUCUGCCGGCCAUCUUCAUCUGGUUACCCCAUCACCUGCGUCGCUCACAUCCCGAGUUCGUGCGUGGCCUCCAGGUGAACAGGAAUCGGUUGACUACGCCCUAUGAUCUCCAUCUGACCAUGAAGCAUAUACUAUCCAUAUCCGGUCGUGCUGAUAUGGAGUCGCUGGGACCAGCACCCGAUUGUCCCCAGUGCCAGAGUUUACUGCGUCCCGUUUCUCCGGUCAGGAGUUGCUCCGACGUAGGCAUCGAGGAUCACUGGUGCACCUGCUGGGAAUACGAUACGAUCUCGAGUAGCUCCAAGGAAUCUCGUAUGCUGGGCAAGCGUGUGGUCAGCUACCUCAACAACUAUGUGGCCGAGUUCCGAAACGGAACCGUUGCCAAGCUGUGUGCUCCUCUCUCACUUCACAGCAUCAAAUCCGCAUUCCGGGCGCAUCAUAAUGCCCUGGACCCCGAGGAGGUGCACACCUAUCGACUGAUCUUCGUUACGUCGCCCAAUAAGGGCCAAUACGAGGCCACCUUGCGGCACAACCACACAGAUGACUCCGUUACGGUGACGGGAUCCGUGAGCCGAUUGAAUGUCUAUAGCGGAGAGGCUGAUUGCAUGAAUGAUUUCGCUGCGAAAAAGUAUUGUUAUUGCCGGAAAAAGAAGGGAUAGAUGUAGUAGGAUUAUAACUAAGGCUAGUGCCCAAGUGCCGUUACUCAGAUCAGAAUCUAGCAGUACAAUUAUCAUAAUAUUGUAUUAUAGGAAUCUCUUGCUCUCUAUCUGCCUGAAAGUAUGUGGUGUACAUGUAAAACUUCUGUAGCUUUAAAAAUAAUAAUUAAGAUAUCUGAUACUUAAGUAUUCAGAAGGAAUUUCUUCUUAAUAGUAUUAUAUUUCAUCAAAAACUAUUUGAUGCCUUAACAAUUAUUUUAAAAUCUUGAGAAGUUUAAGAAACACCCUUGUAUAUUCAUCUUGUAGGCUUAGUUGUUGCCCUUGUAAAUAAUUUACUCUCCCAGCUCCAAGAGACUUUUGCCAAGAAUUAGUUUAGACAUCUCUUUAUACAUAGAAGAUAGUAGCUAAAAUACUAAUUGUUACACUUAUAAUUUGAUAUAUUUGUUUAACUUAUAGUGUUCAAAUAAAACUGUGUUAAACAAAAAUGUCGAGUAAA